UUCUGUGGUCGGAUAGUUUAAACCACCUCUUGUUUCAGUCUUUACUGUUGUUGUUUUUUUUCCCCCUCAAGUGAAGUCAUCGCCAUGGACUUCACUGAAGCUUUCGGGGGGUUUCAGCCCCGUUUUCCUCACAUGCACCACUUGUUGGCUGUGCUCUGUCUGGUUGCUGUUGUUUAUAAACUGACCAUCUUACUGAGGAAAAGAAGAGAUGCGUUUCGACAUAUGGAGCCUUUUCCAGGACCACCUGCACACUGGCUUUUUGGACAUGUUUUAGAGUUUAAACAAGAUGGGGAGGAUUUGUACAAAGUGGUGAAAUGGGGGCAGAAAUACCCUUAUGCUUUUCCAAUGUGGUUUGGGCCUUUCGUCUGUUUCCUCAAUAUUCACCACCCUGAUUAUGUGAAAACUAUACUGGCAUCAACAGAGCCAAAAGAUAAUUUUGCAUAUAGGUUUAUUGAGUCUUGGAUUGGCGAAGGGUUAUUGGUGUCAAAGGGUCAGAAGUGGUUCCGUCACAGAAGGCUCCUGACACCUGGUUUCCAUUAUGAUGUUUUGAAGCCGUAUGUAAAGCUGAUGUCAGAUUCUGCUAAUACUAUGCUGGCCAAAUGGGAACGUUACGCAAAAACCGGCGAAUCCUUUGAGUUGUUUGAACAUGUGAGCCUCAUGACCCUGGACAGCAUUUUGAAGUGUGCCUUCAGUUACAACAGCAACUGUCAGACCGAGGGUGGAACAAAUGCUUAUAUCCAGUCAGUGUAUGAGCUCAGUAAUUUGAUUAACCUGCGGUUCAGAACCUUUCCAUACCACAAUGACCUGAUAUUCUACUUCAGCCCACACGGUUUCAGAUACAGAAAAGCUUGUAAAGUUGCACACAAUCACACAGCGGAAGUCGUAAGAAAGAGAAAAGAAGCAUUAAAACAAGAGAAGGAGCCAGGUUACAUACAGACCAAGAGAAACUUGGACUUUCUGGACAUUCUUCUCUGUGCAAGGGAUGAAAACCAGCAGGGACUAUCAGAUGAAGACAUACGAGCAGAAGUGGACACCUUCAUGUUCGAAGGCCAUGACACCACAGCCAGCGGCAUCUCCUUUAUCCUCUACUGCCUGGCCUGUCACCCAGAACACCAGAAGAAGUGCAGGGAUGAGAUCAUGCAGACCCUGGAGGGCAAGGACAGUAUGGAGUGGGACGAUCUCAGUAAAAUUCCAUACACCACAAUGUGCAUUAAAGAAUCCCUUCGGCUCUAUCCUCCUGUACCCGGAAUUUCUCGACAUGUAACCAAACCCUUGACCUUUUUUGAUGGAAGGACUAUACCUGCAGGGUGUAAUGUUGGAACAAGUAUAUUUGGGAUUCACAGAAAUCCAACCAUCUGGGAGAAUCCUGAUGUUUUUGAUCCACUUCGGUUCCUUCCAGAGAAUGUUUCCAUGCGGUCGCCUCAUGCAUUCGUGCCUUUUGCUGCAGGUCCAAGGAACUGCAUUGGUCAGAAUUUCGCCAUGAAUGAGAUGAAAGCGGUGGUGGCUCUGACUCUGAAGAGAUAUCAGCUGAUCGAAGACCCCGACUGGAAACCCAAGAUCAUUCCUCGACUCGUGCUUCGAUCUCUCAACGGCAUCCACAUCAAAAUCAAACCAGUCGAUUACGACGUCUAAAGGAAACUAAUUGUAGAAAAACUGUAGAUCAGGGAAAUAAUGAUUUUAAUGGAGAAUCGUUUAAAGAAUUGUAACCUCUGUAAAUUUUUACACUUUUUUUUAAGUUUGUACACUAAUGUAGAAUCAAAUAUCAUGGACUGUUUUAUGUAGUGGAUGUUAUUUGUUUAAGAGUAAAUUCUAUUUUUUUUUUAACAUACACAUAAUAAUAUAUUGUAUUUGCACUCAACCAUUUCACUAACUAUAAGGAAGCUACUCAACAGUUUUUUCUUGAUUUAUCCUGGGUGUAUAUUGACAUCUACAACUAUAUUUUUGAAACUAAAUGUGUUUUUUCUUACAGAUUUUUAACUAUCUCUAUUUGGAAGCAACUUGUACUUUAAAUUGGUUCAUUUUAGAUGUAAAGAGUGUAAAUAAUUGUGAUUGAGUACUAAAAAGCACAAAAAUGAGAAGAAACUGCUGCAGUGUGAAAUCAGUGGCCAAGUCUUUCUAGGGUCAAAAGGUUUUAGACUUAACUUCUUCCACUUACAUUUACUGUUUAGUAGUGUAAAGGUUAUUUCCAUGAACACACUACACAUUAACUGAGUUUACUGCUGCUGUGUGAUAUAUGUUGGAUGAACUCAUCUGACUUCCAUCCAUAUUCCUCCUGCAGUAUCUGGUCAAUGUUUAGCCCCACAGUCACAAGAUGACAUUAUCUAAGCACUUUCUCCUGUCUGUGACUAAACUGGACAACAGGCUGUGGCAUAAAUAUUGCAUAUCAUCUGCACAAAAACUCCAAGUAGUUGAGUCAAAAGUAGUUCAUUUUUUAUUUACAGUCAUAGUAUGAUUACAAAAUUCCACCAGGACAAAUGUCACUAGCACAGUUUGUAAAAAUGGGAGAAAAAAAAACAAAAAAAAAAAAGAGACAGAUAUUCUGUUUUACCAAUUUAAAAGGUCCCAUUAAAUCCUGGCGGAGACAUCAGAA